AUGCCUCUAAAUAUACCAGGCUGAGUAUCUACGAGUGGUUUUUUUAUAUUAACUUUAGCUGCUGGAAUUUGGGCUUCUUGGAAAAGCAAAAAGGAUCAGCAGAACAGGAACACAACAGAAAUGGCCAUAGUUGGAGGCCAGAAUAUAAAUGUUUUCACUGGAUUUUUUACUGCAACUGCCACCCAGGUUGGAGGAGCAUAUAUCAAUGGCACAGCUGAAAUCAUCUACCUGCCUUCAAAAAGAUUAUUGUGGGUCCAGGUACCUGUGGGAUUUUCCUUGUCCCUUGUUGUUGGUGGUUACUUCUUUGUAAAUCCAAUGAGAUCCAAGAAUUACGUGACAGUGAUGGACCCCAUACAAGAAACUUAUGGGAACAUGAUGGGAAGCUUACUCUUCAUUCCACCAGUGCUAAGAAAGGUGUUCUGGUUUGCAGCUAUCCUCUUCUCUGCACGAGCAACAAUGAGGGUCAUCUUGGAUAUUGAAGGCUCUUUGACUAUCAUUGUCUCAGCAUGCACUGUCAUCUUUAGUGAUAUGGGAGGUCUCUACUCUGUUUUUCAUUUUAGAUUUCAGGUGCUUGGAAGUAUCCCAUGGCAAACCCACUUCCAAAGGGUGCUCUCUGCUGCCUCGACAGGACAGACAAGGCUCAUCUCCUACAUCCCAGGAUUCAGGUGCUUUGCAACGGCCAUCCUCUCUGUGCUCAUUGGUGCAGUCGCAGCAUCAACAGACUGGAAUCAGAUAAGCUGUAAUCUUCCAACUGAGAGACGGGAAUCGGCAAUGAUACUACCACUUGUUUUGCACUAUCUCUGCCCAGCAUAUAUCUCCAUUGCUGGCUUGGGAGCCAUUGCUGCUGCCACAAUGUCUUCUGCAGAUUCAGCUCUUCUCUCUGCUGGCUCCAUGUUCGCUCACAAUAUCUACAGGAAAAUCCUGAGGAAAAAGGCUACAGAGAUAGAGGUGUUAUGGGCUAUGAGGACCUCCAUGUUGGUGUUUGGUGCUGGGGCUGUCAGUCUGGCUUUUUACUCCAUCUCUGUCCACGACCUCUGGUUCCUCAGCAGGGAGCUGGUGCAUGCCCUCCUCUUCCCCCAGUUCUGCUGUGCCCUCUUCGCUCCCAGCAACAAAACCUAAGGCUCAGCUGCUGGAUUCUUGGUUGGGCUCCUGCUGAGGCUACUAUCAGGGGAGCCUGCCCUGAGCAUCUCCCCUGUCAUGCUACCAGUCUGCUCCCUGGUGAACGGGAUCUACAGCCAGGUCUUCCCUUUUAAAACAUUCACCAUGCUUCUCACCUUCAGCACGAUCCUUGCUGUUUCAUACCUGGCCAAGGUUUUAUUUCAGAGAAACCUCCUUCCCCACUGGUGGGAUGUUUGCAAUAUCAUAGGGGGAACCGGCACCCUCAUCCUCCUGCAGCAGAUGGAGAAACAGAGGGGUUCACCAAUCGUUGUACUAGAAGAGAACCGUGGCUAAAUGUGGGGCUUCAUUUGAAAGGCCACUGUGCAUUCAGCAGUUAGAGUAUGGCACAAACAGCAUAGCUCUUCCCUUUGCUCUCUCUGGUAUGAAUUAUUUAAAGUCCUCACAGAGCAAUAAAACCAAAUUCUGUUUACAUGUGAGCUUGAAGUCUGCAGUGAUUAAAGUCACAUGGUGAUGGAGCACAAUCCUGUGGUGGUGACCACAGGGCGGGCACCUUGGGCCCCAGCAGUGGUUGCUUCGAGGUGCUCCGGGUACCCCACCUGAAAGCAAAGCUAUAAAUCAUCUUCCGACAUUUAGGGCAUUCCCAAGUCACAUACUUUUCUCAUCACAAAGGAGACAAAUUAAUGUUUAAUAGAUUGGACAUUCUUGAUUUAAAAAAAAAGGUGGGCAAACCUGUUUCCAUUACACAUUUAGAGAUUUAGCAUAACCAUCCCUGGGGAGAAUAUCAGACCUGUAAAAACACAGAUUACUGAAAGCAGUGCAACCACCACAGUAGUCCAGCAGUAAUAUCAGCUCUGCACCAUUCCUUGUAUGCUUUACAAAGCUUUCCUUGAUACAGCAAAAACUUUUGCUUACGCCUGUCCCCACUGUGGUACCAGGCCACACAGCCAGUGUGGAUCCCACAGCCUGGGGAUGUGUGAGACGUCAUCUCUCAUAUGACCUGAAAAGGCAGAAGCAGAUGUGCAAGACGAAGCAACAGCCCUUAAUUAAUCAAUAAGCCACUAUCUCAAAAAUUUAAUCUGUAGCUGUAAAAUUAAGUACUUUAUUAGAAAUUGUUAGCCAUAGAAUUUA